GUAACGGCGGCGGUAACGGCAGCGAUGGCUUCGCUCGUGAAGAAAAUAAUCAACACUGCUAAGGCCCCUGCUGCUCUGGGUCCCUACAGCCAAGCAGUGCUGGUGGACCGGACAAUGUACAUUGCAGGACAGAUAGGUAUAGAACCUUCCACUGGACAGCUCGUCUCUGGAGGGGCAAAGGAAGAAGCUAAGCAGGCUCUAAAAAAUAUGGGAGAAAUCCUGAAAGCUGCAGGCUGUGACUAUGGCAAUGUUGUGAAGACUACAGUUUUGAUGGCAGACAUGAAGGACUUCAAUGAUAUUAACGAUAUUUACAAACAAUUUUUCAAGACAAACUUCCCAGCCAGAGCAGCCUAUCAGGUUGCUGCUUUGCCAAAAGGUGCCCGGGUUGAGAUUGAAGCUAUUGCAGUUCAAGGACCCCUCCAAGAUGCUUCAGCCUGACUAUAACUGGAGACUGAAUAUCCUAGGACAGAACUUUUAGUUUUAACACUUCUCCCUUACAUCCUAUUCCUACGAUUCACUAUCAGCAGUUACAUACAGUUGAAAUCACUAAACUUACUGAGGAAAGGUGUUUUCUUCUGGAUUUUGGCCUUGGAUUCUCUAAAAUUCAAGCUCACAGUGAGUUCUAUGCAGGCAAACACUGAAACCUCCACAAGUCCUGCUAAACCAGCUGAAUUUGAUUGCAGGACAGGGCCCCUUCUUUGUGAUGAUGGCUGGAUAUUCAGGUAUUAAGUACACAUUUGGAUGAAUGUAUGACAGUUAUACUAUGGGUGACCUGGACUUGGAAAACUGUAAUGAUUUGUAAUACUAGGUUUUUAGUAACAAUUUUAAAUAAGAAAAAAUUACAAAGGGGACAACAGUAGAAUACUAAAAUUGCUUAGUGUAUGUUUUUGCUUUUGCAUUUUUGGGAAUUUUGCUGUAUUUGUCUCUGAACUGUCUUAAGGACUUUACAGCAUAGAUUACUGUUGGGACUCAGAUUUUUUCAUAUGAAAGCAAUUAAUUUGAAGAAAAUUAUGCUUUUCUGAACUAGAAGUACUAACCUUAAAAAUCAAUUGUAAAUGAAUCUCUACCUGUAACCUUUUUCAUAGUCUUUUUCCUAGCAAUUCAACUUCUACUGAUUUUUUAAUUAAAAACAAAAACAACAACAAAAGCAAAAAAAAAUCCUGUUUAAUGAGAAUAAAUGAUAUUUGCAUCUGUAAAA